AUGUCGGAAACUGCACAAACCACGUUAUCGCCAGAGGCAAAAAAAUUGUAUUAUGCAAAACUCGAACAAGUUAUCCUUACCACGCAUGAAUCCUUAAAAACGUGGAUAAAAUAUGAAAACGAUUAUAAAGCUUUGAAGACAACCUUGGAAGAUUUGUCUCAAGAGACAGAAUAUAAAAUUAUGGUACCAAUUGGCAAACUUGCAUUUAUGCCCGGAAAACUUGUUCAUACGAACGAAAUCAUGGCAAUGCUCGGCGACAAUUGGUUUGCUGAACGUUCAACUAAACAAGCUGUUGGAAUAGUUGAUAGGAGAUUGGAAAUGGUGAAGAAAACUAUAAAUGAUCUGGAAAUUCAACUUGAAAACCAAAAAACGAAGAUCGGUUUAACAUCCGAUGUAUUAAGAUCUGUAAACAUAGGCAAAGAGGUAAAUGAAGAAGGGUUACCUAUUAUAGAGAUACAAGAAAUUGAAGAAAAUGAUUCGAAAAGUCAAAUAGUAAAGAAUGAAAACGAUAAUUUAAGACAAAGUCGAAAACAAGUCGGUCAAUCGCAAG